AAAUGUGGCAGGAAAUAUGUUUGCAGGGGAUGGAAUAAUAAUGGAAUCACUGAUAAACGGCGAGGAGACGGCCACGUCGAUCGCAGGGCGCUUCUCGCGCGUUGUCUUUUGAACUCGCGCCUGUGCCCCACGCGCUGCGGCGGCCUCGGGGAUUGCGACGUGGAAGAAAGCCCCGUCCUACGGCGACACGUGAGCCGCGGCCAAAUUUUUAUCAGGAACAGGCGGCAGCUUCCCAAGAAGGUUCCGCGAGCGGCCACGAGGUCACGUUUCACUUGAAAAGCCCGCAAAGUCUUUGAAAAGCACGCCGGCCGGACCUGCGAAAACGGACGGACAAAAUGCUGAUCGGACUCUUCUUCUUCGUCCUGGUGUCUUGCGCCCUCGCUGAACAGGAAGACGUGUUGCUUCCGAGGUUAAAUGACACCAAAGCCACAGAAGCCUUCGUCGAUUCUGCUGAAGUGGUUGUGAUUGGAUUCCUGGAGGGCGAGGAGAGUCACGGGUACCGAGAACUGGCGGCGGCGGCGAAGCGGGUCCAGUCGGUCUCGGUGGCCGUCUGCACUUCCAGGGACGCGUGGGCCCGCUACGCCGUUCGGUCGGACACCAUCGCUCUUUUCAGAAAGGCCGACAAGCGUCGGGAGAACCUCGUGAUUGCCGAGGCCAAGAAGAUCGAGCCGGACGGUCUGGUGAACUUCAUCGUGGUGAACGAGCUCCGAUACGUGACGGAGUACAACCAAGCGACGGCCGUGGGCCUCUUCAACUCGGACGUGAAGACGCACCUCCUGCUCUUUGCCAACAAGGGCGGCGAAGGAUUUCAGGAGCUGAAGGAGCGGGUGGGGGCUUUGGCUCCGGAGUUCACCGGCAAAUUCUUGUUCGUGCUCAUCAACGGCGCCGAGGAGUCCAACUUCCGCUCCCUGCGCUACUUCGGGCUCAAGGCGUCGGCGCUCCCCCGCGUGGGCAUCUACGACGGCGACUCGGACAUGAAGUGGCUGCUGCCCCCGGGCGACGUUUCCGCGGCGCGCGUCCGAGACUUCUGCGAGGCUUUCCUGCGGGGGGAACUGAAGGAGGCGCAACAGGCCGGAGAAGAGACCAAAACAGAGCUCUGAUGCUGAUCAAAGAUGGAAUUGCGUGCUAGAGAUGGAAAGUGAGUUGAAUAAAAAAAAGAGUAAGUAGUAAAACUGCUCCUGG